AUGAAGUCCAGAAACUUCUUGAUCCUGGUGGUAGUGCUUCUUGUCCUUGGGACGCUGGUGGCAAAGGCAGCUGUCGUAAGAGGUGGUCCUAAAGGUCAAGGCACUACGAAAGGCAAUGUUCUGAUCAAAGGACAAGAUCCAGUCGAAGGUCAAGAUCCAGUCGAAGGUCAAGAUCCAGUCGAAGGUCAAGAUCCAGUCAAAGGUCAAGAAGAUCCAGCCAUGUUCCCAUGGAUAACUAGGCGUGGCUCCUGCCCCAGUGUUAGUCGCCAGUGCCUCAUAUUCAAUCCCACUCACGAAUGUAUGACAGAUGCUCAUUGCGCGGCGGACAAGAAGUGCUGUGUGGGCUAUUGCGGGAAUGUGGAGUCUGUUCUUGCUGCACCGGUGAAGUCCCCAGGGAUGCAGAUCCUGGUGCCUGUAGCACUACCCUCUCCCGCACUGCCCAUUCUUCCUUUCAUCCGGGAUCACCUCAGAAAGACUCCAGAAGAGGAACGUCUCAAACGCCCUAUGCUCCCAGAGGUCCUCCAGUACAUCCAGGACCGUAGCGCCUGCCAGCAGUGGCUCCGCCGGCAGGCUGACGUUGAUUCUGGCCUGAGUCCUUCCGUACCAAUGGCUUCGAAUUCAGGUAGACGAAGUGCACCGCCCUUGAACCUCACUGGCCUCCCUGGCACAGAGAAGUUGAAUGAAAAAGAAAAGGAGCUCUGUCAGAUGCUCUUAGCCAUUCACCUUCCUGACAACAUGAAGUCCAGAAACUUCUUGAUCCUGGUGGUAGUGCUUCUUGUCCUUGGGACGCUGGUGGCAAAGGCAGCUGUCGUAAGAGGUCAAGGCACUACGAAAGGCAAUGUUCUGAUCAAAGGACAAGAUCCAGUCGAAGGUCAAGAUCCAGUCGAAAGUCAAGAUCCAGUCGAAGGUCAAGAAGAUCCAGUCGAAGGUCAAGAUCUAGUCGAAGGUCAAGAUCCAGUCGAAGGUCAAGAAGAUCCAGUCGGAUUCCGACAGUCCACUAAGCCUGGCUCGUGCCCCAGGGUUCCGUUCCAGUGCGGCUUAAAACCUCCCACUAACAAAUGUGUGACAGAUGCUCAAUGCUGGGGGCUCAAGAAGUGCUGUGUGGGCUAUUGCGGGAAUGUCUGUAAGAAUCCCCGGUGA